AUGAAAGGCCAAGGGUAUGACGGUGCUAGUAAUAUGAGAGGUAUUUAUAGGGUGUUGCAAACAUUGUUUCUUGAAGAAUGUCUAUAUGCAUAUUUUGUGCAUUGUUAUGCUCAUCCUUUUCAGUUGACAUUAAAUGCUACAGCUCAAGGGGUACCUGAGAUUUGGCAAUUUUUUAUAACAUUGAGUUUGAUUGUGAAUUUUGUUGAUGCUUCUGCUAAGCGACAUUCGGCAUUGAGAGCUACGAGAAAGGAGAAAAUUGCAGAAUUGGUAGCUUGUGGGGAGCUUCAAACAGGCAAUGGUGCAAAUCAAAUUUGUACUUUACAACGAGCAGAGUUUCAAACUGAAGAUAUUUGCAAUCUUGCAAAGAAUUUUUAUCCUGCUGAUUUUGAUGAUGGUGAAAUGUGUACUCUAGUAUUAGAGUGUGCAUAUUAUGAGAAUGAUAUGCGUAGUGAUCUGAAAUUCAAGAAGUUGGAAUCCAUAGCUGAGUUAUCACACGCUUUGGUUCAAACAAGGAAGUCUCAAUUUUUCCCUAUGAUUUACAGAUUAAUUUGUCUAGUUUUGACUAUUCAUGUGUCUACGGCAACCACUGAAAUGACAUUCUCAGCUAUGAAUACCAUCAAGAAUAGACUUAAAAAUAAGAUGGAGGAUGAUUUUAUUGAUGAUUGUAUGGUUCUCCACAUUGAGAAGGAGUAUGGUGAUUCUGUUGACAAUGAGAUGGUGAUUCAUGACUUUGAAAAUUUAUCGAACCGUAGGGUUAGAUUUACCUAG